AUGUCGUUCAGUGAAAUGAACCGCAGGACGCUGGCGUUCCGAGGAGGCGGGUUGGUCACCGGCGGCGGCGGCGGCGGCCCCACGAACAAUAACGCUAGCGGGGAGGCCUCUUCUUGGCCUCCGCCGCCGCAGCCGCGACUGCCUGCGCUGCCCGCGCCGCAGCAGCCCAAUGGGCGCGGGGCCGACGAGGAAAUGGAAUUGGAGGGCCUGGAGCCCCAAGACUCGGAGGCCUCCGCCGGGGCGGCCGCCGCCGAAGACGCCAAGGAGUUGCUGCUGUUCCCUCAGGACACGGGCGGCCCCGCCUCGCUGGGCGGCGGCGCGGGGGGCCCACUGCUAGCGGAAAGGAACCGUCGGACUCUGGCCUUCCGCGGGGGAGGCGGCGGGGGUCUCGGCAACAAUGGCAGCAGCCGCGGCCGCCCGGAGACCUCGGCGUGGCCCCUCAGGCAUUUCAAUGGGCGAGGGCCGGCGGCCGUGGAUCCGGAGCUGGACGCGCUGGAGGGGAAGGAGUUGGUGCAGGACGGGGCGUCCCUGAGCUACAGCACCGAGGAGGAGGGGGCGAGCCCGGGCGAUGGCAGUGGGGCGGAAGGCGGCAGCUGCAGCAGCAGCAGGCGGUCGGGAGGCGAUGGCGGGGACGAAGCGGAGGGCAGCGGUGUGGGAGCUGGCGAAGGAGAGACUGUCCAGCACUUCCCGCUCGCGAGGCCCAAGUCCCUCAUGCAGAAGCUCCAGUGCUCCUUCCAGACCUCUUGGCUCAAGGACUUCCCUUGGCUGCGGUACUCCAAGGAUACUGGCCUUAUGUUUUGCGGCUGGUGCCAAAAGACCCCCGAGGAUGGGGGCAGCGUGGACCUUCCCCAGGUGGGGCAUGAUGAGCUUUCGCGAGGGACCCGCAACUACAAGAAAACCCUGCUCCUGAGGCACCACGUCUCCACCGAACACAAACUCCUCGAAGCCAACGCCCAGGAGACAGAAAUACCAUCAGAGGAGGGGUACUGUGACUUUAAUAGUAGGCCAAAUGAGAACUCUUAUUGCUAUCAACUUCUUCGACAACUAGACGAACAGAGAAAGAAAGAUAUUCUUUGUGAUGUCAGCAUUGUGGUGAGUGGGAAAAUCUUUAAAGCUCAUAAGAACAUCCUGGUUGCAGGCAGCCGUUUCUUUAAGACUUUAUAUUGUGUUUCAAACAAAGAAAGCCCUAACCAAAACAAUACUACCCACUUAGAUAUUGCUGCAGUUCAAGGUUUUUCAGUCAUCUUGGACUUCCUGUAUUCUGGGAACCUGGUGCUCACAAGCCAAAAUGCCAUUGAAGUGAUGACAGUGGCCAGCUACCUUCAAAUGAGUGAAGUUGUUCAAACUUGUAGAAAUUUCAUUAAAGAUGCCUUAAAUAUAAGCAUUAAAUCAGAAGCUCCAGAGUCUGUAGUUGUGGACUAUAAUAAUAGGAAACCAGCUAGUAGAGAUGGCCUGGCUUCAUCAAGGGAUCAAAAAAUUGCCAGCUUCUGGGCGACACGGAAUCUUACCAAUUUGGCAAGUAAUAUAAAAAUUGAAAAUGAUGGUUGUAAUGUCGACGAGGGCCAAAUAGAAAACUACCAGAUGAAUGACAAUAACUGGGUCCAGGAUGGUGCUCCUGAAUUGGCUGAAAAUGAAUCUCAAGGUAAAACAAAAGUGUUUAUUUGGAAUAAUAUGACCUCUCAAGAGACUGGCAAAGCAAGGAGGAAAAACCAAACUACAAAGAGAUUUGUUUAUAAUAUACCACCUACUAUACCACCGAAUAGUGAGACAAAGGUAGAAGACUGCUCAGUGAUGCAGCCACCUGUUGACUAUCCAGAAGAAAGUAAGGCCCUACUCAUCAAGGAAGAGCCAGAUUUGGAUGGUGCACUACUCUCAGGGGCUGAUGGUGAUAGGACCAUGAAUACAAAUUUAUUGGCUGAAGCCUGCAGUGGUCAAGAUGCAGGAGACGCUGGAGCAUCCCAUGAUUUCAAGUACGGCCUGAUGCCUGGCACUUCAAGCGAUUUCAAGUAUGAGUUGCUUCCAGGUACUUCGAGUGACUUCAAGUUCAGAGUGCUGCCGGAUGCUGCAAACGAUUUCAAAUACGGAUUGUUGCCAGAAUCUUGGCCCACACAAGGAACGUGGGAAAAUGGUAACUCAUCUCUAAUCAUGAUGAACAAGUUAAAAUGCCCUCACUGUAGCUAUGUAGCCAAAUACAGACGAACACUAAAACGGCACUUGCUCAUCCAUUCUGGAGUCAGAUCAUUUAAGUGUGAUAUUUGUGGGAAGAUGUUUACUAGAAGAGAACACGUAAAGAGACAUUCCCUGGUGCAUAAAAAGGAUAAAAAGUACAAAUGCAUGGUGUGUAAGAAGAUCUUCAUGUUAGCAGCCAGUGUUGGAAUAAAACAUGGAUCUCGACGCUACGGAGUAUGUAUGGACUGUGUAGAUAAAUCACAGCCAGGAGGGCAAGAAGGUGUAGAUCAGGGACAGGAUACAGAGUUCCCUCGAGACGAAGAGUUCGAGGAACAUGAAGGAGGUGAGCCCGAUGAAGAGAUGGCUGAGGACGGACAAGAUCCGAGCGACGCACCUCGAUGGGAUGGAUCAGGAGGCGUUUAUGUCUCUGGAUGAUUAGAUGACCUAUAUAUUCCUCAAGAAUGCUGCAUUGGACAUACUAUGAAUCGACAAUUGGGAUUGUUGAACUUGAAGGCUUGCAAAAUAUGGUACAUGCUGGAUGGUAGUUACGUUGCUGUGAAAAACUGUAGGGUUUAAAGCCUUAUAGCAAAAAAUUUUUUAUAUUUGCACAGGACUAUACAGCAAACAACCAUGUGGUUGGAUACAUGGAGUCCUCACAUAUUUCAGUCAGUUGUCAAAGUAAAAUAUUUUUUAUUUAUAGAAUAUACAGUUAACUAUUUGGGUUGUAUGAAAAUAUAGUCCUUGUCCUCUACAGAGCUUGCUUACAUUCAUGUGCCACUUUAACAUGAAUGAAGAAAAUCCAUUUAUGGAAGUACAGUGACAGUUGACCCAAUCACUCUGUCAAUCAAACCACUCAGGCUAGUUUGUACUAGUAGAGUUUUGUUUCUAUUUUUAUUUUAUUUUAUUUUUUUUAAUACAGAUUUUCAGUGAGGGGCUUUUUUAACCCCAUUGGUUCUAUUUUCUUGGGUUUUUUUUUUUUUUUUUUUUUUUUUUCAUUUGCUUCAUAACUUAAACCAAGUCUCUUCUAGUCUUAGAUAUUUCUUAAUUUUGUGCUGAUAGGCAUGUUUAUAAGAACUGGAGAGGUAAUUUAUUGGAAUGAACUAACUGACUCCCCAUCCUCCCUUCCUUUUUUGACAUGAAUUUUACUACUUCACAAAUGAAGAAUGAUGUUACAAAGUUAGAAUGGUGAAGCUGACACAUACCACUGAAAUGAUUAUGACUUAGAAGUAACUUUCUCCUGCUGCUCUAAUCUGAUAAAUGGUUACUCUAUGAUGUUUUCUGACAUGGGUUUUGGUUUUGGGUAUCUGUUACUUUGGCACUAUUCUCGUUUGCCUCUUAUAUUUUGCCAGUGUACUAUACCUCAGCCUUAUUUGAAAUACAGAGUCUAAUUGAAGAAUAGUCAUAGAAAAAUACGUAAAAUUAUUUGUUUUAUAAUUCAUCCUCCAUGUCCAGUUUGGUUAGCUUGUUAUGCAAUAUAAGUGAAAUAUCAGGUUUUUUUUUCUCCUGUGCCCUUUUUUAUCAUUAAAAUGAACACAAAAUGUGCAUUCUCUUUUUUUGUUUCAUACUUACCGGGAUGUUGAGUGUUUUUAAAUUGUGGCUGAUAAUAUAUUUUUCCUUUCCAAAGUCACCACACCUUGAUGAAAUCUUAAUCAUCUCCAUGAUUCAACAUACAAAAAUACUACAAGUAAAAAUGUUGAGAGCUUUUAUUAUUGCAUUAUCUAAAUUCUUCAGGAGUCAGAGUCAUUCAUGCAGCUUAACCUGUUAGGUUUACGUAGCUAGAUGACCAGGGACUGAACGGACAGCAUAUCAGGAGCAUAUUUAUUACAUGUAUAAAGAACGGAGAGACGGCAUAUUUUCAACUUUCUUUUAAAUAGAAAUUGAGUAUAUUUUCCUAUUUUAUAUCAAAUAUCUAAAUUAUGACAGUUGUGUGGAAGAAGCCACAGAGUUGCUUUGACAGACACAAUCUUUUUGGUGCUCCAUCUAGUCAAAGUUGAAAAGUUGAUUUUCUUUUUAAAGAGACAAGCUUCGUCAUUGCCUCUGAUUUCAGUAGAAUAAUGGUUUGAUAUUGGACAGUGAUUUUUUUGUGUGUGGAUAAAUCAGAGAUGAAAUACUCGUGUUAUGUAGUGAGACCCACCCACUGCCCUCUGACUGAACUGUACGGUAGUCUCUGCAUUUCUUGGGAGGAUGGCAGAAGAGUUUCACUUUGAUUUUUUUUUUUUUUUUUUGAAAUGAAGAGUACACCUUAUUCUCUGUGUUUGAAACAAAUGAGUAAAAUGUAAUUCUAGUAAAGUCCAAAAUAGACAUAGUUGGGCAGAGAUAUUAUGAAUGAAAAAGUAUUUUAAACGUAAAAUGUUCUGCUUUGUGAAUAUGUAAGUAUAGUAUAAAGAUUUCUUUCAUCCCAUCUAUCCCCUUUAAAAUAAACCAUAGUUUACAAUUGGUAGAUCUGUCUAUAUAUAAAUAUAUAUUAAAGAGCAAAUAUAUAUAUUUAAAAAAAGAUCACCUAAAUCUGCUUUAUUAGACAGUAGUUCACUUACUGCAUAGAAACUGGACUUGGCUUUACAUUGUCAAUGUACUUUAUUUUACUCGAGAUAUGACCUUAUCUUGAAACAGAAUUUCCUUUAUUACUUAAAUCAUUUAUGUAUAUCUGGUAAAUUAUGACCAAAUUUUUGUUAGAUUGCAUACAGUAAAUUGAAAUACACAUUUGGUACACUACGGGAUUGUUGUGCUUUUGUUUGGUUUUAGUUGGAAACAGGUUUGAUGUAGUUGACUUAUUACUGUUAAUUUAAGAUAUUCUAUAAUUGUCCAUUGCCUUUUAUGUCGUGUUGUGACAGAUUUGGCUAUAUUUUUAGUCAUCUGAAAUAUACUUUAAGAAGUUUGUUUUUAGGUAAUCCAAAGGAAAAUGUUUAUACUCUUGAAUAUAUAUUUGCCUCAGCCUAUAUAAAAGUUUCUUUGACGUAAACACUUUACCAGAAACAGAACUGACAGACUUUUCUACUGCUGACUGCCUAAGUUAUUUUGUUUCAUGGUCUUCAGGGAUUGCCUCUGCCCUUCUAGACCUUUUUUUAAAAAUAGUUUUAGUACUAUACUACUGGACGUUUCUAUUUUUUUAAGUAUAUUCCU